GACUUAUGUUUUUACUAAACCAUGGAUGAAACAGAGGAGCUAAGACAAGAAGUCUAUUCCUUGAAAAAUAAGUUAUCAUCUGCUGUAAGCCAGGAGGCAUGGUACCAUGAGGAAAUCGCACAGCUUCAGACGAUGAGGAAACAAGAUUUAGAUAUACAAGAUGCCCUUAAAGAAGAAGUGGUUAGAUUACAAAGAAAGAUAGGGACCUUGGAAGAAGAUAUUGAUCAACAUAAAUCUUCAGAGAACAAUUUGAGAUCUCAGGUUCAGUCUCUGGAGAAGUUAGUGGAGAGCAAUAAGACGAUUAACGAGACACUGUCUCACUCCAUUAUGACAGAGGAUAACACACAGCUAAUGAAUGAAUUAUGUUCUCUACAGAAUGAAAAUAUGCAGCUAAAAGGUGACCUCAUUGAAAUGAGACAUGAUUGUCAAAGUGCAACAAUAGAACUAGAGAAUCUGAAACAAAAAAUGGUGAACAAGGAGCAAGAAAUGGAGGAACUACAGUGUCAGAUCACUACAUAUGUCAACACAAUCGAGAAAUGUCGGACAGAAAUCAUGGAUUUGAAUGCACAGAUUGAUGUUUUACAAAUGGAGUCUCAGACCCAAUCUUGUAAAGGAAACUCUCUAUUUUCUGAGGUUGAAGAUAGAAGGGUUAAAGCUGAAAAAUUAGUAAAGAAAUAUCAACUUUCUAACCAGCAGCUGAAUCAACAAAUACAUAAAUUAAAGAUGCAGAUGUUUACUUGUUUGGGGCUCAGUAAGGAGAAAUCAGAUGAUAGUCGCAUACAGAAACUUCAGAGUGAGGUUUGUCAGCUUCAGGAGGAAAAGAAACAACUUCUGGAGGAAAUCCAUCGGGCUCCAAAAUCAGAGAUAGUACUACAAGGAGAUGUUGAGAGACCAAUUAAAGAAGGGGAGGUCAGUUCUGGGGAGGAAUAUGUGAAAUAUCUAUUAAGUAUCAUCAAAGCAUCCAAUGAAGAAGCAGCAAAAUUAAAGAAUGAAGUCAAGGCACAAAAAAUGCUUCUGUUAGCUGAAAAAGACACAGUUUUAUCAUUGGAAAGAAAACAAUAUGACAUUGAAACCCAGAGAGAAAAGACAAGAGCUUUGUAUCUAAAGGAAAAACUGAAAGUGGAAGAACUAAGAGCAAAAUAUGAACCAGAAAAAAUGAAGAAUGAACCAACUGCUAAGAGGGGCAAGCUUGAAAAGUUACCAUCAGUGUCAGAUAACUCUCUAAAGGAAGUGAAAUGUGAGAGAAAAAGGAGGGAGAGCUCUACAGCAGCCAGAGAACUUCAUCUGGAGCAGCCCACAGUCAACAGUGAAAAUACAGACCCUGAGUCAGAUACAGCUGAGAAAAGAACGGACUGUGAUAUAGAAUACAAAAAGACUAAAUCUGUCAGUCUCAGUGACGAAAUAAAGAUGAUGGACUCUGAAGGAGGGGUAGAAAUUGGUUCCCUAUCCCAGAAUGAUCACUCUGAAAGUCAGGGUUCAUAUGACAAGCCGGUGAAAAGUAAAGGUCGUAGGGUCGCCAAUGUUGUCAAAGCUGAAAUCCCCGACUCCAAAGUUAAUGAAUGUUCUCCACAAUAAUACUGGUGAAUGUUUUUAAUACUGACAACUGCAAAUGCAGGAGGUGUGUCUCCCGAAGCUCAUUAUGGUUCUUUGCAGCAUGACAUAUAAAAGUCAAAUGGAAAGUGAAAAAAUGGAUGACAUGAUUUUAUUUUAAUGUAUAUUGUUAAGCUUACAGGUAAUUCUGAAAUUGAAAUAUUCAGAUUUAUCUUCAAUUGUUGAUUAUAAAAAAAACUAUUCUUUUUCACAAACAUCCAAAGUUAAGGGAUGGGGAUUUGUCAUGACCAAAGGGCAUGAACUCUGUACUUGUCUUAGUCUUAAAAAUAUUUAAGUAACAUAUUUUUUAAAAUUUGUUGCAACUCAGCUACAGUUUUCUCUAAUUUAUUGAGUGCUGUUUUUAACAACCAUGGGGAGACAUUUUAAA